CGAACGUGAGAUACACAGGCGUGCCGCACCGCCGGGGGACAACCGUGGGGCAAGCUGCAGUCACAUUGCUGCGAGUUUCGCUUUGUCCUUUGAUAAACUCUCGUGAAAUUGGAUCAGGAUGUCGACACCUGAUGAAGGCACGCCAACCUUUAGACAAUGGAUAGCGCGGCUUCCCCCCUUCACGGCAGACAACAUUUACAAAGUGUACCUGCCGAUCGCUGGAGCAGUCAGCUACUGCACGUUUUCGGUCACCGUGUUCAUACCGGAGCUGUUAUCUAGGCUAUACCCUGACCAGAGUGUGACAGUGGCAAACUGUCUUCUCUUCAAUUCGCAUCUUGGCACUGGGCUGUAUGUCUACUUUCGGCCACACAUGACACGAGCUCCACCGUACCACCGCAUCAUGUACAGUGCCUACCAGGCGGUUCUCUUCAACUUUGGCUCGGUGCUUCUUUGGGCUGUCACGAAGUCACUCCUGCCUAACUCCAACCUUGUGCGCUCCCUCUUUGCUGCCUCCACUUCGGCUUGCUUUCUUGCCAUCGGCAUGGAGUACCUAGAUUUCCUUGACACUCCUGCGGAAGAGGAUUUCUCAGCAUCACCAACCUCACCGCGCUGCUAGUGGGAUGUGUUGCCAUCUUCCCAUUGGAAACAUGCACCUCUACCAGCUUGAGUUAAGUUCUUGCUGGUGCCUGUCAAUGCUGGCAUGAGUGGGCUUUGGUACCAGUAAGAUGUUGCCCCGGUGAGAUGUGUUUGAGAAGUCUGUUUGUCAAGAUUUCUGCCUACUUUGUUUAAGACUCCCUGCAAUAUUUAAUCCAUGUGUCUUGAAACCACAGAGAUCUUAAGGCCAUCCUCAUGUUGGCAUUUAGGGACCUCGUCUUGGGUCACAUAUGGAUGGCACCUGUGUAUCGGGUUACACUGUCGUAACAACAGUUACUGCCUGUUUUCAAAAAGCAGGGAAAAUACUUUCUGAUUACUGGUAGUAAUGUGGUGUUAACUUUUUUCACAGUGCUGAGACUCGUUGAAGAGAGUAAUUGUAGGCAAAUUACUGCCUUAAGAACACACUGCCUUGUGUCAGUGCCUAAGCAUGUGGCCUUCAGUCAUGACACAGAGUGUAUGCAGGCAGCUAUGCCGAUGUGCACUGGUUUUGGUAGUGCUGAAUUGUGAAAGCAAAAGUAGACAAGAACUGGCAAUUUUUUAGAUUCAUCUGUAGUACUCUUGUUGGAGGCAAGAUAUGGCACCUGCUGCCAAGCUGUUUGGGGCUGUUUUAAUAAUCAGUCUUCUGCAAGCUUUAUGUGACUGUGGCAAGGUAACCUUUGAUAAUAAUUCUUGCAGACCCCAUAUGAUGCAAUUUUACUUUCUGCAGAAUAGCUCACAUGCAGACAUGGGAGCUUCUGUGCUCUGGCUGUGUUGGUAGUGGAUGCAUAUGUCUUUAUGUUUUGUCUAGGGUGUAUUUUUUUUACUUUUUAUAGCCAUUUUCUUGUUUGUAAGCCAUGCUCUAAAAAACAUUGCUGGUUGUGUUGCUAUUGGCCCUUAGUAUGAAGUCCAAGAGGGUGCGUUUCGCUCCAACCUGUUUUUAACUACCAGCAUUGAUGGGCACUACCAUCGAUACAAAUGUCAAUCCUGAAGACAUGCUUCUGUGACAUUGGCUCAGAUUUUGAAGUCCCUAAUUGUAGAGUUGUUGAACCUGUUGCAUGUUGAAUGUAGAUUUACUAGACUAUAGGUAAUUUUGUGUAGUUGAGCAGAUUACAGUUUCUGUAAAUAAAGCAGUUUUAACGAUGAAGCUUGUGCAGACACCUGCUUGAUCUUGUACUUUUAUUUCUGAGGUAAUCCUCUUUCAAAAGGGGAAAGAAAAAAGGCUAUGUGCAGCUAAAUGCAACAAGGAAGAUGAUGGGGGCAGUGAAACAGAAGCGAAAGAAAUUUGUUAUUCUGAACCAGCAUAGUGUAGAUAGGAUGAUUGACAAAGUGCGUCUAUUCUCAACACAAAUGUGAUUAUAUGACUUAACACAGAUUAAUUGGCCUUCAAACAUCAAUCAAGGUAGUUGGUGCUGCAGUAGUACAGAUCUGUAAACCAGGCAUGGAAAAGAAGUUAUAGUUUUGUAUUUCUUGAAAGUAAUGUGUGUUUAAUAAAAACCAAUUGUCAGAA